CUCACCGCAUAGUGUCAAAAAAUUAAUAGUGUCUUGUUGUUCGAUUUUGUUCGGAUUGGAAGACAGUGCACGUUUCUUUCAGCGAAGUUCAAGAGUAUUCGACACAUGCCAAGCGAUCGAGGAAUUAGGGAGAGAGAAUCAUUUUAAGGGGAGAUUUCCACUCACGUUUUCUAUCAUUGUUCAAGAAUAUUGAUGUCAACAGACAAGUUGCCGAGAAAUGUCGGAGUUAUGGGUCAUGUUAGGUUUAUUAUUCUGUUAUAAAAGUGUACCUCAGGGUUUCGCAACUGGGUUCUCAGAUUCUUCGCAAAGCAAGAAUACUUCGAGUGUCCUACUCAACACCUUCGUCAAAGUGGAGACUUAUGACAAAGAGUUUUCUUCAUUCUUUACUGUAUCAAAAUGUACUACAACAACCGUGCCCUCGAAAGUGAAGGAACAAUCGACGAUUCCUUCAUCGCACAACAGUGAAGCUAACGGACUUUUGUCACCUGAAACGACUCUACCAAUCUUGCCUUCGUUAUCAAGGGUUGUUGUCGCUCUAUCAGGGACAAAUUUACCCACAAACGGCACAAUGUCUAAAAACGUUUCCCCGGAGAGCCGUGCGAGGAGAAUUUCCUCGUUUAACAUCCUAAGUGGAUUUCCCAGUGUUAGUGAUUUUGUAUUAGUAUCAUCAAAGCCUGCUGUUACCAUUCCAGAAAUUGCUACAACCAUAUAUCAAGUAAUUUUUCCGCCUUCUACGUCUGAAGGGAAGAAAUAUUUGUCUCCUUCUCAAAUGGGGGAUUAUUCCAAUGCAGAUAACCCCUCGGCUUUAUCGGAUUUACAAAGUAAAACAGUCAUCGAUCAAAACACUCACUUUUCAAGCGAGAAUUCUAUUUUGGGACGUGAUAACAAUGGUCACACCUCUGUCGGCGGAAGCAGAUUGUUCACAAAAGGACCGCUUUCGUUGACACAGCAGAAUACUAGAUCUUCCGUUUUUCUAAGCUCAUUGAGAGUGGAUAUCGAACCCACAGAAUCACACAUCACUAAAAGUGUUCCAAUUCCUUUCUAUUCCGUGAAAGCUAGUGCUUUGUUGACUCACGCAACGAGAACAUGUGACACCGGUAUGAGAACCACAUUCGUGAGAAGUUUCUCGUCUUUUUCCGGAAUCCCAAAGGUUACUGGGAAUAAAUCGCCUCUGGUAACUUCAUCGUCAUCCGGCACAGCUCACAUGGAUGCCAGUUCUGUGGUGCAUUCUCCAGUUAAAAAAGAGAUUCCUUCCUUUACUUUAAAAGUAAAACCUUCUGUUUUGAGCAGAACAAGAAACCUAACUCCACACACAUCAAAUGCUGCGUUGACCAUUUCGGAAACUCCGUCACUGAAACAGCCUGCCGCUAGCGACGCAAACAGCAUGGCUUCUUUAAUCGACGAAAGUGAAUCCGCACAGCCAUUGAAGAGCCGUUACUCUAGGGAGUUGUCAAGCCAAGUUCAUUCUACAAUUGUGCACGGUCUACGAAGUAAUUCUUUAAAUUCCUCAGCUAAAGACAUUCCUUCUAUUCCUUUCCACGAAACUGUCAUUUCCGUUCUACAAGUACCGGCAACCACUUCCCAAGACUCAUUUUCACUUUCCUUAGUAACAGACAUUUUUGUGCUAUGGGAAAGAAGAAGUCCUUCCCCUACCACAGUUGGCCUCUUACGCACUUCCGUUUCUACUAGUUCUUCAAGGACAGCACAGAAAAUCCAGUUCUCAAGUCAGAGGUCAACAAAACGUUUCACACCUCCAUUAUCGACUGCCCAGAGCAGUUCGAUACUGCCUUUCAAGAGACAUUUGGCAACCACAGUUAGCCUCAACGAGGGUGAUAUGUCCAGCAGUACCUCAACAACUGUACACCAAAUCCGUUACUCUUCUGAGAGGCUCGCUUUUCAAAGCACAGAUAUAAGACUUUUGAACAGUAGAUCAGAGAUCAUAGAUCAGAACCUCUCCCCGUCUUUGCAACUAUCGGCAAAGCUAAGUGACACAGUUCUAGAUCUGCAAACCUCAAACCCUUCGGUCACGGCGAGAAUCUCAAGGUUACCAAAGACAAACGAUCCUUCUACCACUCCUAUUUACAGCCAGGGACGACUCUCUGUAAAUACCUCAAGGGUUGAAGAUGGAAUCUCCUCUACUUCCCCUUGGAAUGCUGUCAUGUCAACUAGACAGCUUACACCUUCGUCUCCCGACUUUAGAUACCACCCCCGGGUAUCCCUCAGGCAAACUUCCAGUUUUGCUGGUAUGAGCAAAUCCAGCACUCAGAUGUUAAAUUCAACGAUUUCCACCGAAAAUCGACAUGAACCUGUUUUCUCCUCCCUUGUGAGAAGAUCUACGUGGAACAGUGUGAUUACGUCGUCAUCUCCUGUUUUCAGGAGCCCUUCCCAAAUGUCACAACAAAAAAAUCCCAUUUUGAGGGGUGUGAGCCUUACUACACGCCAGAUCUUGCUCACAACGAUAAGUAACAAAAGUGGACAUCACACAAUCUUAUCAUCCUCUUCUGUGAACAGAUUCACAUCGACAAGAAAAGUUAUGCCAUCGUCUUCCAGCUUGGAAAUUCCCUCAAAAUCUCACGGGAAAAGUUCUCUUUUUGCUGGUGUAAGCCAUCCCACCCCUCAGAUAAUAGUUUCGAAGAUUUCCUCCGAAAAUGGACAGAAAGUUCUUUCUUCUUCUUCUUCCACUUUGAGCCGAUUUGCGUCGACAUCGUUUGCAUCAUUUCCUGGCACGAAAGGCCCAUCUCAAGAGUCUCACAGGAGAAGUUCUGUUCACCAACUUGCUAGUAGCUCCACUAUCGUCCACACUCAGAUUUCAGCCAAUGCGUCAUGGACUGGGAGUGGAAUGCUUUUUUCUUCAAAAAUUUCAGCGUCCUCUAUGGAAAGUGCCUUGCCUGAAACCUCCCACGCGAAGAGCUUCUCCCAAUUAUCAGACAUACGCCGUUCCGCUACAUCCAAAGAUCAGAACAGCAUCUUAUUCUCCAAGUUCACAGUGGCAACAUACAUCGAUAAAAGCAAGUUGCAGACUUCCCCAUCAACGGUGUCAACUACCUUGUUAGAAACAGAAAUACCCUUUGGAACGAUUGUUCUUAUUCCAGGUGUAAGCUCAAAAAACCAUGAGGCAACCGAAACAGACUCAGUGGUCCCAACUCGGACGAGGUCACCUACAGAUACUUUAGUCACACUCCCUGGGAACAUUUCCACAGAGCCUCCGACAGCUGUAUCAAGUGAUUUUGGUCAAAUUAAGCUCCUUAUCAUAGUUGCCAUCAUUCCAAGUGUCCUCUUGUGUGCAUUCUUCUGCGCCUUCCUUGUUUAUCGACGCAGUCGAAAGCGCAGAAACAAGUCCGUGUACUCUAUAAAACUAGAAUAUGCCGACGAGAACAGCGGUUUUCGAAAACGAUGCGUAAACAGUCGGUUAGAUUUGAGUCUAAAAGGAAUUCACAUAGACUUGGAAUUUCCAUACGACUGUGAACGUCGCGGAAGCUAUGUGCGGGACAGUUAUUCCCGCGGGUCUACCUUGAGCGAGACCCAGAUGCGGGAAUUGCAAAUUCUAUCUCAAGAAUGCAAGGAAAAUAUGGAAUGGAUCAGCGAGGUGAUUGCUAGAGAGAUGGAGGCCUCUAUUAGCGGUCGCAAUCUGCCUUUAACCCGUAAUAGUGUUUGCUCUGUGAAAGAGAAAGAGAAUUAUGAAUCGAACGAAAAAUUACGCAGUAUUGUGCGAAGGGAGUCCUCUAAGAGAGGGAGAGAAAUAGUGAAAUGGAAGAUUCCCGUAGUACAGCGGCGAGAUUCGGAGGAUUUUGAUCAAAGGGACUCCAUGUGCACAGAUGACACGACAUUAGAGUUGAAGGAUGGGCAAAGAUCACCACCGAGACACUGUGGAGAAAAUAAAAGAAAGGUUUGUUCUAAAUCAAAUCAUGCUAUGCAGGACCGCGCAGAUGAGACCAACGAAGACAAAGGAUUUCAAGUCCAGCUAUCAAAGAAAACAUUUGACAAUAAGGUAACCCAAGAAACUGGUAAAAAUGAGAAAGAUAUUGUGGAAAAUACGCCAUUAACAUUUGAUUUGAAUGCUGAAAAGGAUGAUUCAUCUCGAGAGAAACGUUCUUCAUUUUCUGCUAUGAUGUCUCAAGUAAUUUUAUACCUACUCGUCGAGCUAACGAAGAGGUUAAGGCAUAUGAUGUUCUCUUCUGGUGCCGGGAAACAACAUCUAAAGCGGAAAGCUGAGGAUGUCUCGUUCGAUUUUGACACAGAUGGACCGGUCGCUAAGAGGGAGGCCUUUGCACGAUCUCGAUUGCCAACUUUGUUGAAUGUUGAAGGAGCCGGUCAGUGUAUUGCUGUUUUAACAAGCGGUGGAGAUGCACAAGGUAUGAAUGCUGCCAUCAGAGCUGUAGUAAGGAUGGGUAUCUAUGCAGGAGCCAGGGUGUUUACUGUUUGGGAGGGUUACCAGGGAUUGGUAGAUGGUGGUGAUAACAUCAAAGAAGUCAGAUGGGAGGAUAUGUCUGGGAUCAUCCAGCUGGGAGGAACAGUCAUUGGAAGUGCUAGAUGUGAAGAUUUUAAAUCACGCAAAGGUCGCUUAACAGCUGCCAAGAACAUGGUGACUUUAGGCAUAACAAAUUUAAUUGUUAUUGGAGGUGAUGGUAGUUUAACAGGUGCUAAUCUGUUCAGACAAGAAUGGCAAGAGCUUUUGGAAGAACUUGUGGAAACUGGUGCUGUGACAGAAAAAAUGGCUAAAGAAAACAAUCACUUAAAUAUUGUGGGAAUGGUUGGCUCAAUUGACAAUGAUUUCUGUGGCACUGAUAUGACUAUUGGAGCCGAUUCAGCACUUCAUAGGAUUUUUGAAGCCGUAGAUGCCAUUACAACAACAGCUUCAAGCCAUCAGAGGACUUUUGUCCUAGAAGGGAUGGGGAGACACUGUGGAUACCUUGCUCUUGUUACAGGCUUGGGAGUUGGUGCCGACUAUAUUUUCAUUCCUGAAUGGCCAGUUCAAGAAGGAUGGGAGGAAACCAUGUGCAAUCACUUAAAAAAAGUCAGGAAUAGUGGUAGACGCUUAUGCAUGAUUAUUGUGGCAGAGGGUGCCCAGGAUGUAGCAGGAAAUCCUGUCACUGCUAAUGAUAUUAAGGAGCUUGUCAAGACAAAGCUUCAUCAUGAUGCACGAGUUACAAUGCUCGGACAUGUCCAGAGAGGAGGGGUCCCAUCUGCAUUUGACAGAAUUCUGUCCUGUCGAAUGGGAGCAGAGGCAGCCCUUGCUGUGCUGGAUGCCAAGCCAGAUACCGCUCCAUGUGUAAUCUGCCUAGAUGGAAACAAAGUCACCAAAAGACCACUCGUGGAGUGUGUUAAUAGGACUCUGGCUGUCAAGGAAGCAACGAAAGCAAAGGACUUUGAAAAAGUUGUUGAACUAAGAGGAAGAACCUUCCGGAGCAACAUCGAGAUUUUCAAAGUGUUGAAGGAAGUCGAGCCUCCAGCCUCCAGCCAGUGUGACAUUUCUGGCAAUUGCAAAUCUGGUCACACCCUGGCAGUCAUCAACAUUGGUGCCCCCGCAGGCGGCAUGAGCACUGCUGUCCGUGCCUUUGUCCGCUUCUCACUCUACCAGGGGCACAGGGUUUUCGGAAUCAGAGAUGGCAUCAAUGGACUCUUUGAUGACAAGGUGGAGCAGCUGGGAUGGCUUCAUGUCGACGCCUGGGCUUGGGCAGGUGGAUCCAAACUGGGAACUACAAGAACCUUACCCUCUAAAGAUAUGCAGAAGGUGGCAGAAAAGCUUUCCAAGCAUGGUAUUCAAGGGCUGUUGGUUAUUGGAGGCUUUGAGAAUUGUGACCGCAUCAAGCAGUCUGCCAGCAGUGCAACAAGACGAGUGUUUGUUGUUGAGUGCAUGGGUGGUUAUUGCGGUUAUCUAGCAACCAUGAGCGCCCUUGCGAGUGGUGCUGACGCAGCGUACAUCUUCGAAGAGAAGCUUACUCUUAGAGAUUUAAAGAACAACAUCGAGCAUUUAAUCGACAAGAUGAAAGGUUCUGUCCGAAGAGGACUCAUCUUGCGAAACGAGAAAUGCAGCGAAAACUACACAACUGACUUCAUCGCGGCUCUAUAUCGGGAGGAGGGAGAGGGACUUUUCACUGUCAGAACCAAUGUGCUCGGUCACGUUCAGCAGGUGAGAGAUUG